UCUAUAUAAAGAAGACCUCCCAACCAAGCAAAAAUGGAGCAUCUCGAUCUGGAACGUGGCAACCUUCAAGCAAUGGCCAGCGUCUCAGUUGGAUCCUCUAUUGCACGAAGGCUUGAAGGCAAGGUCGCCGUGAUCACGGGCGGCGCGAGCGGCAUCGGCGAGUGCACGGUCAAGCUGUUCGUCCGACAUGGCGCACGAGUGGUGGUUGCAGACAUCAAGGACGAGAAGGGACGCUCGCUCUGCGCCGCCCUCGGCCUCGACGUCGCCUCCUACGUCCACUGCGACGUCACCAGUGAGGCCGACGUCAAGAAUGCUGUCGACACCGCCGUCUCCCUCCACGGUAAGCUCGACAUCAUGUUUAACAACGCAGGCGUCGCCCUGGGACGCGAUCACGGGUUCCUCAACGGCGAGCACUCCGCCUCCCUCUUCGAGCGGAUGAUGGCCGUCAACGUGCUGGGAGUCUACCUGGGGACGAAGCACGCGGCGCGCGUCAUGGCGCCGGCCCGCAGCGGGUGCAUCGUGACGACCGCGAGCUCGGUGUCGGCGUUGGGGGGGAUGGCGCCGGCGUUCUACACCUGCUCGAAGUACGCGGUGGUGGGGUUGAUGCGGAGCGCCGCGGCGGAGCUGGGGAAGUUCGGGGUGCGGGCGAACUGCGUGUCGCCGCAUCUGCUGGCGACGCCGAUGACAAGUGCUGCGUUGGGCAUGACCGACGAGGAGGUGGAGAGGCUGUUGGAUGCGGGCGCCAAUCUCAAGGGGGUGACGGCCAAGCCAGAAGACAUAGCGGAGGCGGUGCUUUACUUGGCCAGCGACGAGUCGAGGUACGUGAGCGGCCACAACCUCUUCGUCGACGGGGGCUUCACCGUCACCAAGAGCAUGUAGUAGUCACGUCACGCAGCCAGCCAGUCUUUUACUAUCCAUGUGUUUGUGAAAAUGCAUUUACGUGUUCACUGCAUUGAACGAUUAAUAAAAUGGUCUUUGACCCUUCCUGUAUUAUCUAAA